AUGGACCCACCAACCACCCCCAAAACCCCCGUCACCUCCAAGUACAUACCCAUCAUCACCAUCCUCGCCGUCGUCGUCUUCAUCACCCUGAUCGUCGACCUCAUCCGAGACAGGAAAUUUUCCCGCGAGCACGAAGAACGUAUGGCAAAACUGCGAAAAUCCGAAGAGACUCUCGACAGGCUCAGUAGGGAGGUGGAGAGGUACUGUCAGUGGAACGCGUUGCAGAGGGAGAUGGAGAUGGAGAAGGAGAUGUGGAGGGAGAGGGAGAUGGCGCUGGAGCAGGCGCGGAGGGAGAUGGGGUGGUGGUUGUUUUGGGUGGGGGGUGGAGGGGUUUAG